AUGUUGACCAAGUUCGAGUCCAAGAGCAACCGGGUGAAGGGCCUGUGCUUCCACCCGUCGCGCCCGUGGGUGCUCACGUCGCUCCAUAAUGGCGUCAUCCAGCUGUGGGACUUCCGCAUGGGUACGCUCAUCGACCGCUUCGACGAGCAUGAUGGGCCAGUUCGCUCGGUGGACUUCCACAAGAGCCAGCCGCUCUUCGUCUCGGGCGGCGACGACUACAAGAUCAAGGUCUGGGACUACAAGCUGCGCCGCUGCCUCUUCACGCUGCUCGGACACCUCGACUAUAUCCGCACGGUGCAGUUUCACCACGAGUACCCGUGGAUCGUGUCGUGCUCGGACGACCAAACCAUUCGCAUCUGGAACUGGCAGUCGCGUUCGUGCGUCUCAGUCUUGACGGGCCACAACCACUACGUCAUGAGCUGCAUGUUCCACCCGAAGGAAGACCUCAUUGUGUCGGCGUCGCUCGAUCAAACGGUACGCGUCUGGGACACGACGGGCCUCCGCAAAAAGACGGUGCGUGGUGCGCCGUCGACGAUGGAAGACUCGCUGCCGCCGGGUGUCGGCGGCCGCUCGGGUGCCGACCUCUUUGGCGCGAGUGACGCUGUCGUCAAGUACGUCCUUGAAGGCCACGACCGUGGUGUCAACUGGGCAAGCUUCCACCCGACGCUGCCGCUCAUCGUGUCGGGCUCGGACGACCGGCAGGUGAAGCUCUGGCGCAUGAACGACACCAAGGCAUGGGAGGUUGACACGAUGCGCGGACACACCAACAACGUGUCGUGCGUCAUCUUCCACCCGCGCCAUGAGCUCAUCAUCUCCAACUCGGAAGACCGCAGCAUUCGCGUCUGGGACAUCGCAAAGCGCAUGGGUCUGCAGACGUUCCGUCGCGAGAACGAUCGGUUCUGGAUGCUGCAGGCGCACCCGACGCAAAACCUACUCGCCGCCGGCCACGACUCGGGCAUGAUCGUCUUCAAGCUCGAGCGCGAGCGUCCGGCCCUCGACUUUGUCGACGGCGGCGUGCUCUACGUCAAGGACCGCUACGUGCGUCGGUACAAGUUUGUCGAUGGCAGCGACAACCCGGUCGCGACGCUUCGUCGGUCGGGCUCGGGGCUGCAGAUGGGCCAGCAGCCGCGCUACAUGCACUACAACCCGUUUGACCCGCCGAACGCGGCGUCCAACUCGGUGCUUCUCUGCAGCGACGCCGAGGGCGGGUCGUACGACCUCGUGACGUUUACGCCGUCGAACAACGACGUGUCCGACUCGUCGCGCGGCACGGCGCUCUUUGCGGUCUUUGUCGCCCGCCAGCGCUUUGCCGUGCUUGACAAGUCGCGCCACCUCGUCAUCAAAAACAUGCAGAACGAAAUCGUCAAGAAGAUUACGCCGCCCGCGGGCACGACCGACGGCCUCUUCCCCGGCGGCACUGUCGGCCGCGUCCUGCUCCGCAUCGACGACAAGAUGGUGCUCUACGACACGGACAGCCGCCGCGUGCUCGCGGAUUUGGUCGCGCCGCGCGUCAAGUAUGUCAUCUGGUCGCCCAACGGCGAGUACGUGGCGCUCUUGAGCAAGCACUCGGUGUACAUUGCGGACAAGAGCUUCAAGCACCUCUGCACCGUGACGGAGCUCGUCAAGGUCAAGAGUGGCGUCUGGGGCAGCGACGUGUUUGUCUACACGACGCAAAACCACAUCAAGUACGCGCUCCCGAACGGCGACUCGGGUCUCAUCCGGUCGCUCGACGUGCCGGUCUACCUCACGCGCCUCGAAGACUCGAAGCUCUACUGCCUCGACCGCGACGCCAAGAUGCGCAUCCUCUCGAUCGACCUCACCGAGUGCGAGUUCAAGCUCGCGCUCGCGGCCAAGCAGUUUACGACCGUCAUGCGCAUGGUCAAGCACUCGCGCCUCUGUGGCCAGGCCAUCAUUACGUAUCUGACGCAGAAAGGGUACCCGGAAGUCGCGUUGCACUUUGUCAACGACGAGAAGACGCGCUUCAAGCUUGCGAUCUCGUGUGGCAACUUGGAGGUCGCGCUCAACUCGGCGUACGAGCUCGACGAUGCCAACUGCUGGCACCAGCUCGGUGUCGAGGCGCUGCGCCAGGGCAACAUCUCGGUCGUCGAGAUGGCGUACCAGCGCACAAAGAACUUUGAACGCCUCUCGUUCCUGUACCUCAUCACGGGCAACCGCGAGAAGCUCAAGAAGAUGCUCAAGAUUGCCGGCCUUCGCAACGACAUCAUGUCGCGCUUCCACAACGCCUUGUACCUUGGCGACGUGCCCGAGCGCAUUGACGCGCUCGAAGCCGCGGGCCAGCACGCGCUUGCGCUCCUCACGGCCGCGACGCACGGCCUCGAGGACCACGUCGCGCGUCUGAUUGGGCAUUUCGAGGCCAACGACCCGAGCUUUGACGUGCAAGCGUUCCUGUCGCGCGAAGUGCGACCGGACGCGGCGCUCUUCUUGCCGCCGUUUGCGGUCUCGCAGCUGCAGAAUGAAAACUGGCCGCUCGUCGAACUCAACGAGCCGACGAUGGCCGACCACGCGGUCGCCGCCGACCAGCAAGCGAGCCAGACGCCGGCGUUUGACUUGGGCGACGAGGCCCCGCGGCGCAGCAUCGAGGCGACACGCAAGCAGAGCGACGACUUUAUGGUUGACGCGGACGCGGGGGCGUGGGGCGACGAAGACGACGGGCUCUUCAGCGACAAUGAGGAGCGUCUCUCGCUUGACGACUUUCAAGAUGCGGUGCCGUCGACCGACUCCUUUGUCGCCGCACCGACCGCCGGCACGCCCGUCCCGACGCAGUGGACCCGCGCGUCGUCGAUUGCGGCCGAGCACGUGGCCGCCGGGUCGUUUGACACGGCGAUGCAGCUGCUCCACCGGCAGAUUGGCGUUGUCAACUUUGCGCCGUUGCAGCCGCUCUUUAUGAGCCUGUACGCGGGCGCGUCGGGCGUCGUGCCGACGCAGGCGUCGUCGGCGUCGCUCAAGACGUACUUGCAGCGGUCGGCGGCGCACGAACCGGCGAUCACAACGUCCGUGCACCACCUCGUGGGCUUGCUCAAGGAGGCGUACCGUGCGUUCAGCGGCGCCAAGUUUGACGACGUUGAGAGCGCGUGCCGGUCGAUUCUGCACCACAUUCCGCUGUUGUCGGUCGACAACAAGGACCAGGCGGCGCAGGUCAAGGAGCUUGCGGUCAUUUGCCGCGAGUAUGUGGUCGCGUGCCGUCUCCGCGCGGCGCUGACGAGCGUGCCGUUGGAAGCCGACCCGAAGCGCAACAUUGAGCUCAGCGCGUACUGGACGCACUGCCGCCUCCAGCCGUCGCACAUGAUGCUGACGCUCAAGAGCGCGAUGACGAACGCGUACAAGUGCAACAACUACAUUACGGCCGCGUCGUUUUGCCGCCGCCUGCUCGAAAUCCCCGAAGUCAACACGGAGAAGAACAUCAAGCUCGCGCAAACCGCCAAGAAGGUGCUGCAAAAGGCCGAGAAGGAAGCCCGCAAUGAACACCAAGUCGACUACAGCGACGCGCGCGGCUUUGCCCUCUGCGCGCGGACGCUCACGCCGCUCUACAACGGGGACGGCGUCAAGUGCCCGUACUGCGCGUCGUCGUAUGUGGCCGAGUGCGCUGGCAGCCUCUGCGACGUCUGCCAGCUCUCCAAGAUUGGCGAAGAGACGCUCGGCCUCGUCGUCGCCAAGUAAACAACCUCGUCGUUAUGGCGGCGACGUCAACGUACAUGCAUUUCUCUGCCCUUGUUCAUUGUUGGUGCAGCAUCAUCGCCCUUGGAAUCGAGGCGGAUGGACAUUGAUGGAAAGAACUAGCAUAUUUG